AUGAAGGGGGUAGUGGGGCCCACAUGCAGGAUUCACAUCGUUGGCCAUCGCAUCCCAGCCUCGAGGGCUGAUAAGCCAGAAUCGGCUAAUCCUGGACCGACUGGGCCCAUGGGAGAGGCUGUGAUAGGCCCGAGGCUAAUCGGGCUAUUCCAUCCAAGCGGGAGGAUUCAUACAACUGGGCUAUAUGGCAUUGACACCUUCGGCCUCUGCUUACAACACCAUUUAUCACAGCAACUUAAUAGCCUCCACAAGGUACAACACUUGGACAUAAAAACGCCAGGUCGCCCGACUGAACGACUCUACCUGAUGGCACCUGCGGCAUCCCCUCGUGUUGAUGGACUCAUCGCAUCCUCCAUCAACCCAAGCAGCAUCUUUCGCCAGUAG